AUGGCUGAGCUGUUGAGAGCAGAGGAGAAUAUGAAGAUCGGCCAAAGCAAAAUCAAAGAGCUAUGGACUUUCUGCGGAGUGAACGUAAUUGCCUACUACUCGAGCAGCAUCUUCUCGAACUCCGGUUUUUCAGACCAAUCCGCGCUCGCCGCCUCUCUUGGCUUCGGCGUCAUCAAUUUUCUCUUCGCUAUCCCGGCCAUGUACACAAUCGAUACUUUCGGGCGGCGUAACCUCCUCCUGAUCACCUUCCCGCUCAUGGCCCUCUUCCUGCUCUUUACAGGUUUCUCAUUCUGGAUACCGCCCACAACCGAUGCACGCGUAUCCUGUAUUGCCCUUGGCAUCUACUUGUUCGGCGUGGUGUACAGUCCUGGAGAAGGCCCCGUGCCUUUCACCUACUCUGCCGAGGCGUACCCGUUGUAUAUGCGGACGCUUGGGAUGAGUCUUGCGACAGCGACGACAUGGUUCUUCAAUGCGCUUCUGAGUAUCACGUGGCCGAGUUUGCAGAGAGCAUUCAAGCCCCAGGGUGCAUUUGGCUGGUAUGCUGCCUGGAAUAUCAUCGGAUGGAUCUUAGUGCUAUUGUUCAUGCCUGAAACGAAAGGCAAAACGCUCGAAGAACUCGAUCAGGUGUUCAGCGUACCGACCAGUGUCCAUGCUGCUUACGGUCUCCGACAGAUACCGUACUUUUUGAAGAAGUACAUUUUCAGGCAGGAUAUCCAGCCUGAGCAGCUCUACGAAACAGAGGAACAAACUCCACACGAUCUAGGCGAGACGAAAAUUGUGUGA